UAUUGAAAGAGGAGGCAUGUCAGGACAUGUGCGGGAGGUUGCAGAGAAACGGCCGCUGCACGGAUCUCACUACGGCGCGUCUUCAGUAAACAGGAGAGUGUAAUUUUGCAAGUUUACCGACAUUUUAUGGACAAAGGUAUUUGUUUACUGCCAUGCAUUGCUUAGAAAACCAGUAUUUCUACAACGGUGAAUGCCGCACGUGCCAUCAGUGUGGACCGGGGCUCGAGCUGUCUGAAGAGUGUGGUUAUGGGAGUGGGGGAAAUGCCCACUGCAUCCACUGUGGUGUCCGGUCUUACAAAGAGGACUGGGGUCAUCACAACUGCAAAAUCUGUUUGUCAUGCAAGCAACUCAACAGACAGCAGAUUCUCCCUUGUACUGCCAGAAGAAACACAGUUUGUGGAAACUGUUUACCAGGAUUUUAUAGUAAGACACGAAUAGAUGGACUGCAGGACUUGGAAUGCAUGCCUUGUGGCGCCACAUCUGGCACUGAAAGUCGGUGUACUCGAAACAAAGUAGUUGAUACAGACAUAAAUGGCAAUGCGGAGACCUCACCUCAGCGUGAUGUGGCGGCCAUUGCCAUGUGUGGGACGGUAGUUACCAUGGCAAUAGUUUUGUCAUUACUUUUGUUGGUAUGCAUCUGGCACGCCUUACUUAAGAAGAUGUUUAAAGUAUGCAGAGAACCACAACAUCACAGUGAGGAUUCAGCAAUUAUCAGCAAUGGGGAAGCUUUGGUCCUGAACGUGGAGAAAGAUGUGCAGUUAUCAGGCUUCCUACCAGUUUCGGAGGAUUCUGCUACUGUGGAUAUUCCUGUUGCCCUAAAGUCCAUUCUGCACACCAGAGGUGUUCUGGAAAACAGUGAAACCUCAAGCCGCAGCCGUUCACUGGACUUUCAGCCUCUGAUGAGAAACUCCAGCUGCAGCCAGUGCUCAGCACAGUCUGUCAGUCACGGGUCCUGUGACUCCUCCGACGGCAGAGACUGUUUUACAGGAGAAUGUCCCUCACUGUUGAAGACCGAUAACAAGUACUGUGCAUCUGAUCAGCAGGGGGGUUACUGGCAUGCCCCAAUCGAAUGCACAGAAUUGGAUUUCCGGAGCGACAUUGUCCCCGAUAGGAGUCUCACACACGUGGAGAUGAGCACGCGGACGGGAUUUACAGAGGGUGACUCUGAAGAUGUUUCCCAGCUACAGCUGAAGAGCGGCCCGAACACCAAUCAGCAAUUCAGCAGCGGCAGUUUCAGACGUGGCAUCUGACGUACUGACCAUAACUAUGAAGAACUGUGUAAAAAUGCAAGUUGUCAACUUGGGAAACAAAGAGUCUUUGGCCUUGUAGAAGACAAUUAACUGCCUAGAGAGAAGAAUUACCAGCCUGUGGCUUCGGAUCUCCUGGAAGUACUGCAUCAUUUGAGAGGGUUUCUGUCAUGUGUUUUAAUAUUUCUGCUCCUUUGCCCUGCAUAUGGUGCCUGACCUCAUCAACACCUGCUACAACCUGCAAAGGUUUGACACCCCCCCCUUAUACUCUGUGAAUCUGCAACGCAGAGACAGCUGACGUACGAUGUGUCAACACUGUGAAAACCAACACUGCCUGGGGGGCUCUGGUGUGACAUGAAGGCCAUUAUUACGCAGGAAUUAAAGAAGCAGAUGUAGCAUCAAGUCACCUGAUUUGAAAUGUUUACCUUUUUAUAUAUAUAUAAGCUAAAUUUCUAGAACAUAGUGGAGAAAGCCUGCAAUGGACCAGCUUGUGAAGAUACACUAGACUUUAAGUCCUGGUCUGUUUUGUUGGGUGCCAACAUCAUUCAGGCGGAAAUCAUAUUGUGUGAAUUGCUGCAGUGACAAUGAUUAAUGCAGAUUUGCUUGUUUUAUGUAAUAAAAUGAUAAAUCCAUAUGUCCAAUUGAUCAUGUUGAUCAUGUUGUGAGGCAUCUUCAGUGUACACUGUCUGCGUUCUGUGCACUACUUGUACUGAAAAUAACUUUGAAAAUCACUUUUUCUCUGUUCAUUUUUCAGUUUUUUUCAGUUCAGAAAACUGGCUUACGAUAAUAGUCUAAAAUCCUUUGGUCAGUAAACAUUGUCUUCAAAACAAUUGCCCAUAAUGUUUACAUUUGUAAUGCUUUUAUCACUUAAUCAGCUAUUACGGUAGUUUUACUCUUUUUCUUUUUCCAUGCAGCUUAAUGAUUAUAAUAUGUGAACACAAGGACAGUAAGGCUGGAAGGAGGCUGCAUAUGCAGUUUUUACAUCUGCCAUGUGUCAUAUGUCUGAAGGGAAUGAUGAUAUCUAAAGCCAAACAGGCAGAAAAGUAGGUUUAAAACAAAACAAAAAAAAAGUAUUUAUGAAAAAUCUUCUGCUUCCCAGUUUUAUUUAGGUCUCCUGUGCCACCUCAGCCUGGCUGGAUUUAUUUGUUUAUUGUCACUCAUCAGUAGGUGCAUUUUCAGGAGUUGUCAAUCGUUAUUGCCAUAGAUCCUGUUCCCCCCAUUGUGAUGACUCUACUGUCCUGUUUAUACUUGUAUUUUCAAACAUUUGUAUACCUUCUUGUUGUAUUUGUUGUUUGUUGUAUGAAUGCAUUAUAUUUUCAUACAGGUGAUCAGUCAUUAUUUUUUUUAUAAAGCUUAC